AUGUAUGACAUGACCGACCUCGUUGCCGAGGCCCUCGCGGACUGGAGCAAACCCGCAGCGUAUGCUAUCAACACAGACGACGAAGACGAAGACGAGACCAAAGGCACCAAUGACUGGGCACAACUGGGCCUGCAUCCAGCCCUCGUCAAAGGUGUAACGGAGCACAUGGGCAUUCGGAAGACGACUGCGGUACAAAGGUUGGCGGUGCCGGCGAUUCUGUCUCGGCAGCAUGUGAUUGCGACGGCGGAGACGGGUAGCGGAAAGACCUUGGCGUUUGUGUUGCCGAUCUGCAACAUGAUCUUGGACGAUAUGCGUGACGCACACUGCGGAGUGGGGCGGCCGUUGCCGCCACCCACGCGCGGGUUUGCGCCGGGCAUAGGGCACUUCCGUGCGCGGACGCAGCCGCAAUGGGUGACGCCACAGACGAUUCGGUGUGUGGCUUUGAGUCCGACUCGGGAGAUCGCAAUUCAGACGCAGCGCGUGGUGAUGAGUGUAACGCAGGACACGCCGAUCACGAGCACAGUAGUUUGCGGCGGGACCAAGCACGCCGCGCAGGAAGCCGUGCUACGUCGCGGCGUCAACUUUGUCUGCGCCUGUCCCGGGCGUCUCCUCGACGUGCUCGCGAACGGCCUCCUCGAAGCCUUCUGCCACUUGCGCCAAGUGGUGCUCGACGAAGCCGACCGUAUGCUCGGCCUUGGCUUCGCACCUGACGUGGCCACGAUCCUCUCUUCCUUCCGCACCGCGGAACAGGUUCUGCUCUUCUCCGCCUCACUGCCCGCACCGGUCCUCAAGGUCGCCAAGCAGUUCAUGCCGGGACGCGUCGUCCGAGUAGGCAUCCUCGACGGAGGGGGCGUCUGCCGCUGCGAAAACAUCGAGGAAGCCGUUUUCCAGGUGCCAGAACUACUCAAGCUCGAUCUGCUCCGCUACCUACUUAUCAACACCACCGAUAUGCUGCCCAACACACCAGGCAAUAUUGCCCGGGCGUCUCCAGACCGUGCUGCGACAGCAAACGCUGCUCCAGCGAACGCUGCGCCGACGGCGGCGCCCGAAGGGGGAGAGGAAGGAGGGGAAAAGCGGCUGGGCGAGAGUUCGCCGGCUUCUACGGCCGCCAGCCCCACGGCGAGCCCGCAGAGUCCUUCUGCCGGGCCGCCGGCGGCGGCGGUAGACGCUUUUGAGCCGCGGCCAUUGUUGACUUUCGAUAUUGGCCGCGAUACGCCGCGCGUUUUGCGCGCACACACGUGUGCGAGCGCGGUGAGCGCCGUAAACGAGGACGUCCCGCGGGGCGCAAUUGAGUCCGAGGUGACGCCGGUGGUUGGCGGUCAGUGUAUCGUCUUUACGCGGACCAAGGCGCGCGCGAACCGCGUUUGCGAACAGUUGCGGUUGCAUGGGUUUUCGGCGGAGAGGAUUCACGGCAAUCGGAGCCAGGCAGCGCGCGUGAAGGCGAUGAAUAUGUUUGUGUCCGGCGACUGCCAGAUCUUGGUGGCGACGGACGUGGCUGCUCGCGGGAUUGACGUGUAUGAAAUCCCGCUGGUGGUCAACUUUGACUUGCCCGCGACAGGCGAGGAAUACACUCACCGCGCUGGGCGCACUGGACGUGCUGGGCACGAAGGCCAGUGCUGGUCGUUCGUGAGUGAAAUGGAAGAGUUGACGCAGAUCCAGGAGGAUCUGGGACGAAGUUUGGGCGGUGCUCUGAAACAGCUGGAACACUUUGACUUUCACAAAGAACCGGACUUUGUGAUGACCGCCAGCGGCCACCAAGAAGAAAUCAGUCCUGCACCUGUGAAACCGACCCCGGCCCGCCGCAGCCUCGAACCCAAACGGAAUUUAACACGGGCCGUCAAGCACGGACCCGGACCGGGAGCGGGACCAGGAGCUGCCGCUGGUGGGCUUCGGAGGACUAGUUACGGCAGCGGGUAUGCAGAAGACAGGUACGGAGAAGGCAGGUAUGCAGACCAGAGGUACGGAGAAGGCAGGUAUGCAGAAGGCAGGUAUGGAGGCGACGGCCGUCGGAAACCGAGUUACGAGUUCAAAAAAAAGUUCAACAAACGAAGCAGCUUAGAGAAUAAGCGAGGGAGUUUGGAUACAAAGCGGGACAGUCUUGACAAAGGCGCCAGCCUGGACGAUGGUCCUGGGCCGGACGCAAUCCACAACUCGCAACGAUCUGGCCCAGGACCUGCGUCCGGCAUCGGACUGUCCAUCCACCAACGAAGAUUGAGCGAAGGCAAUCAGGAACACCAACAAGUAGGGAAUCAGCACUUCCGGCAACGAUCCGGCUACCGUCAGCGACCCGAAGAAAAAAGACUAGCUACCCCUCCAGGACUCCAAAAAGCGAAAUGGAACCAGCGAGGCAAUCCGACUGAAGACAACCCACCCAGACGCAUCACCGCACUAGGACACGAUCGGGUUAUGCACUUGGAAGAAGGCAGGUCCCUCCUCUCAGGCAAAGUCAUCAACAAAAACGGCAAAGAAUACAACCUCGAGGACUUCUUUUAA